AGAACUGAUUAAAAAAAGCACCACUGUUGCACCAGGAGGACAGUCAUUGAAAGAGAUGGGUGGCAUCACUCGUCUUCUCCUUUUGCUGUGGGUCGGUGACACAGUGAGCACAGUGGUGGAUCUGCAGAAGAGAAUCAUUGGAGGUCAUGAGUGUGAACCAAAGGAACGUCUGUACCAUGUGAAAUUGAUAGCAAAUGAUGGCAAUGAUGAGUUCUUCUGUGGUGGCUCUCUGAUCAGUGACCAGUGGAUCCUGACUGCAGCUCACUGCUGGGAGGUGGGAUGGACUAUAAAUGCAGUUUUAGGUGUGCAUCCAGGCCCAGGACAACCAGUAGUAAUCAAAGCACCACCUGAGAUCUUCACAGACUACGACAAAAACAACAACAAGAGGUCUCAUGACAUCAUGCUACUGAAGCUACCUCGGCCCACUAAGAUUCGACCUAUAGAACUUCCAAACUGUCGAAAUCCUCCUAAAUUGGGUGAAAAGGUUAAGAUCGCAGGUCACGCUGCCACUACUGGAGGCCCUAAUAAGGAAAGAACACCUGGUGUAUCACAUACUCUUCAAUGUGUAGAGACUGACAUAGUCAACUGUCAGGGACUCAGAAACUAUUUGAAAAACAAGAACAGCUUUUUCUACAGAAAAGUAAUGUAUCAGCACUGGUUCUGUGGCCAAAGUCCUGGAGUGGAUGUCUGUACUGGUGACUCUGGUGGAGGAGUGGUGUAUAAGAACAAAAUCUACGGUGUCAUGUCUUUCACUGGUGAUAUGGACUAUGUUUGUACUAAACCAACUGCAAUCAUGGACAUCUGCAAUCAAGAAUACAUAAAAUGGAUCAAAGAUACUAUUGACAUACCACAGAGAGGGUGUGGUCUAUUAUGUGGUUAACUGGAAACAGGCUGAAACUUGUCAGUAAUAAACAGAUUUAUUGCAGCGAUUUCAGCCCUACAAGGAACUUUGAGUGAUUUCCUUGUGAUUUUUUUUUUUUUUACUGCAGAAAUUGUUUUCAUACAAACUAAAAAGAGUGUUUGUCACAAUUAUUUGAAAUGAUUUGGGUAUAAAGGUGAAAAUCUCUACCAUUACCAUGCAUUGUGCCCAAAAAGAAAGGAAAAUAGCAAGUAGACUUCAUGGGAAGGAGGGGAGAGCUGCACACUAAAGGUCUUCAAUGAUGCUUGGUGCUCAAAUGUUGUCAAAGUUGAUGGAUAAUGUUUCCCAGAUGUUUUUUUUAUGUAACAUUCCUCUGGAGGAAAAUUUAAAAUGCACUACAGAAUUAUUACUUUCUGGGUGUAGCCUAUACAUAAAUAGCCUAUAUAAGUAUAUACAUAACUGUAUAUAUUGUUUUAUUUUAUUUUAAAUUUAAAAAGUUGUAUAAAUGUUCUAUGUGUGUAUGAAGGGGCUCCAACUUUUCAUUGUGCAACCCUGUGUUAUAAAGUGACAAAUAAAUUACUAUGAUUCCUUGA